UUCUUAUUAUUGCGGAUAGCAAUGUUGAAGUGCUUCCCUUGUGCAGAUGGAAGCUUAAACGAUUAGUAAUGAAGCUCACAUGCACUGCCUUUUACAUCGUGGACUAUCGGUCCAACUUAAUGUGCUAAGCUCCAGCGGUGAUUUAGGAUUCACAAAAAUAUCUUUAACAAUACCCACAAAAAAGACAAUAUUUUAUUAUUAUGGAAACCGGUUGCAGUGAAAUCAACCUAAUGGAGAAGUAAAAUAAAUUUCUCGCUCAGCAAAAUAAUCUAAGCGCGCAAUUUACAAAAAAAAUUAAUAACUGUCAGAGCGAUUACUUCACAAUUUAAAGAUCAUAAUGAUAUUCGCUCUUUUCAACACCGCAAAUUUAGUUAAGUUUCGCAAAAUCAGCUGGUUCUCGACACCGUCACCGGUGAGAUUGAUCAACGAAUAGCACCUCAAAGAAAAACUUAAGUUACACGUUUUGUUUACACAACAAACAAAAACUCACAAGAAUGUCAUGACUAAUUGGCCAUCAAGAUUAUUUGUUAUUCUUGUUAUUGGUAUUUAUUAUUAUUGGUUUUUCGUCUUUUUGCAUAUAAGUUUCGUGUAUGUUGCUGCUGGAAUUAACUUUGUUAAGACAACCGCUUUACUUCACAUUUGAAUUCUCUCAAAAUUUCUGUAGGAGACUUAAUUUUGAAAAUUCUUUUGAACUGGAGCUGCUCAGAGUAUAUAAGCAUUAGAUGGUUCGCAGUUGAGUCUGGUGUUCACCAGUUCGCUCAUUCAGUUCGCGAUGCUCAGCGUGUUGAGAUACUAGCAAAUUAGCGCGGUUUCGGAAACGGAGAUGUUGAUCUUUCAAUAGCCAAUAGGGUGACGCAAAAUACAAGUACGACCAGUAUAAAAAUACUUAGUGAGAAUAUUAUUAUUUUUAAUGUAUGGUGAUUAGAAAUUAAUUUGCAUUUAUUUACGAAACGCAGCAAAAGUCCAAAAUAUUUAAUAUAAAAAAAUACUAAUAUAAUAAAUAAAUAAAUAAAUGUUAACAGAACAUAAGUGAGACCAUGACAAAUAAACACGCGUGAGAAAAAGUGGAAACGAAACCGAAUCUAAACAAAUACUUAAGCUAUAGUGAACUUCCUAAUAAAUCUCGCAUACAGAAGCUCAUAUUGUGAAAUGUUACACACUGUUUUGCGGUGUUCUGCUUUUGUUCUCUUCUUAUUGCAUUUAUGGCGCCUGCCAAUUACUGCCAAUGCUCAGGAAAUACCUUCGAUUGCCUGUCCCAACUACUUCCAGUACCUCAACUAUGGUAACGGAUACAUCGGACGCAUUACACUGCCCUUAUCGAUGAGCAGCACUCGACUGGAUGUGCGCUUCUCGCAGAGAUAUCCGGUACAAUCGAAUUACUACGGCCGUUUAUCGCUCUUUGAAAGUCAGCAGACAACAUUGAAUAACUUGGCGCGUGGUCUUCCCAUUUCUUAUCGUGUGGAUUUCCCAUUUACUAAUGUGGUGCCAAAGUUGACGCGUAUCACCGUCAAUGGCGUCACCGUUUGCGCGGCAUCUGAGUAUCCCCCUCCAAGCACUGCUUUGGAUCUUCAGCAUACAUUGCAAACAGCAACUGUGCGCGGCACGAGUCCGCUCAAUAGUAAUUUUGACCCCGGUUUUCGCACCGAUGCAAAUUCAAUACCCACUCAGAUUGUUAAUCGCUUUCCACAACAAACACAGCAAAUUAUUGGUCAGCAGCCUCAAGUUACAAGGCAAAGACCUGCGCCUAAUAACCCAUUCUUACAGCCAAGUACAAGGCGAACUCCAGCUCCUGCGGAUAAUACGUGUGGUGUAGAAGGUAUAUCUGCGACGCCGUUCAUUCACGGUGGUAUACAGAUUUCGCGUGGACAAUUCCCCUGGUUGACCGCUAUCUAUCAGAAGCUGUCAUCAUCUGGCUUGAGAUUCUUGUGCGGCGGCUCGUUGGUCUCUGCAAACACAGUCAUCACCGCGGGACAUUGCUUCAAGCUAAAAUCUCUCAGCGCCUCUCAGAUCGUCGUCUAUUUAGGCCGUCACAACUUGGACAAUUAUGGUGAGGCCGGCGCUGUCUCGAGGGAUAUACGCAAUUUGAUCAUUCAUCCCGACUAUAAUGGAAAUUCGCUGCCAGAUGCAGAUAUCGCAAUAUUACACAUGCAGUCAAGUGUUGCAUUUAGUCAGUUUAUUCGGCCCAUUUGCUUAUGGAGCGAGGCGGCGGACACUUCAUUUGUUGUUGGUCAAACAGCAUACGUUGCCGGCUGGGGUGCGGAUGAGAGAGGUCAUGAAGUGAGCGCGUUACCAAAAAUGGUUGACACGUCGAUCGUCAGCGACAACGAUUGUCUGCGUUCUUCGGAGGUCUUCACUAGAAUAACAACGCCACGCACCAUUUGCGCUGGUAAUCGUGAUGGUACCGGUCCUUGUAUGGGUGAUUCCGGGGGCGGCUUGAUGCUAAAUCGUAAUGGUGCUUGGAUGUUACGUGGCAUCGUAUCGGCCGGUCUUACUACACAGGGUCAAUGCGAUCUCAGCCAAUAUGUAAUAUACUGUGAUCUGGCGAAACAUUUUUCGUGGGUGCGAAGUAAUAUUUUGUGACAACGGGUUUUUGUCCGCCAUACGCAUGCACAACUGUGUCAUAGACUGCGAAAACUUGAGAAUUGAGAUUAUAAUAAUUAUACCAUUACCAGCUUAAGGUUUACAAGAAAAGUUUUUGAGUGGCGUCUAAGUGCGGAAGAGUGCCUUCGAAGCCCCUCCAAUUUCUGCAGGGAUAACAUUUAAUUUCUACUUUCAGCUUUACUAUAACACUCAGGUAUACAAAAAAAGUCAAAAUAUAGUACUUGAUAUAGUACUUCAGUCAAACGUUUACAAAAUUUAAAAUAAACGAAUUUCAUAUAAAGACUAAU